CAAGUCAAACAGAACAAAUACCUCCAGAUAAUUCUUUUCCAAGGGAAGCUUUCAGCUGAUGAAAUAAUUUGGGCAGAAAUGUGGAAAAAAAAAUGUAGAAUGUUGAGCAACAAGGUGUCCCUGGCCAUGGUCUUUGAGGUCCUUUCCAGCCCAAACCACCCUGGGGUUCUGUGACUCCAUGUUAAAUAGAAAGAGUGCUACUCACUUGGCUUGACAGGCAAAAAUAAACUUUAAAUUAAUAAAUUCAAAUGGUACUAAACUAAGCUAAACCCUGAUGCUACAAAUAAAUGUUCUGGUUUAUACAUUAAACAAUCUGACUGUUUAGUUGGUUCUAUUCUUUAUUUCUCAGUGGUAAGAGCUGUGAGAAGCUGGGGUGAAUUCCAGUUGUUUCAUGUUCAAGAAUGUUUAAUUUAGAAUCUCACAGAAGCAGAAUGGGUCUCAUGAAGAUUUUAAGAUCACGGCCUGGGUUUGAAAGGACAAUCUACAAAACUAAGAAAGUUUAUGAAAAAGGGGGAAAUAAGCUGGAAAAGAAUAUUAUUACAUAAACAUAUACAUAUACAAAAUACAAAUGGAUAUAAAUUGGAGAUGAAUAAAUGUAUAUGAAUUAGUAGGAGAAUGGUUCUAAUGAUUAAAGGAAAGAGUCUUUGGGUUGUUAUCUCUAGAUAAAGUCUUUAGUCAAUUUUGCUACACUGAGGAAAGAAAGAUAAAUUGUUUCAAGGUGGAAUGUCUGAAGUUAGAGAAGGGAAGGCCAAAAAUGCCACAAAGGGCUCGGUUAAGGAAGAACGGUUUCCAUGGGAAAAUAAAUAUUUAUGAAAAAUAACUGGGGCGUCAAAAUCACAGAAAAGACCCUGGUGGUAAGAAGAGGAAGGAGAAAGAUACUAAACUUCGAGGGAGAGAAGGUGAGAGGUUCAGGUUUCGCUUUCAGCCAUGCUUUCUUCAGAAGAUAACAGACACCAACAGAGAAAAGAAGAUGUCACAUCUCCUUUGGAGGACGCUGCAAGAGAAAGGCGAAGGAUUUGGGUCAUGGAGGCCCCUGCUAUAGAUGAAGAACAACGUUUCAUUUCACCUUUUCUGGGAUGGAGAUUUCUUCUCAUCAGUUUCACCUCUUGCAGCAACUAAAUGAGCAGCGCAGGCAGGACUUGUUCUGUGACUGCAACAUCCUGGUGGAGGGCAAGGUGUUCAAAGCCCAUCGCAAUGUGCUGUUUGCCAGCAGUGGCUACUUCAAAAUGCUCCUUUCGCAGAGCUCGAAGGAGACGAGUCAGUCCACGACAGCCACUUUCCAGGCCUUUUCUCCUGACACCUUCACAGUCAUCCUAGAUUUUGUGUAUUCAGGCAAACUGUCGCUCACUGGUCAGAAUGUGAUCGAAGUCAUGUCAGCUGCCAGCUACCUGCAGAUGACCGAUGUGAUCAGCGUGUGUAAAACCUUCAUCAAGUCGUCGCUGGACAUCAGCGAGAAGGAGAAGGAUCGCUACUUCAGCCUGUCAGACAAAGAUGUGAGUUCCAACGGCGUGGAGCGCUCCUGUGUGUACGGCGGGGGGUGGAGGGCAGAGAGCAGCCCCCCGCACUCCCACUCCAGCCCAGACCCUGCCACGUGCAUGAUGGGCGGCAACGCUUGGGGCAGUUUCAACUAUUACCCCAGCUCUCAAAGAAAUGCCCAGCAGCAGCUGUCCAAACACGAGCAGCGGCAGGAUUCCCUGAAGAAGCCGCGGCACGCGGGGCUGCAGCAGCCCUCGGACAUCCCGCACUAUAAAUCCAGCAAGCUGGAGGACAGGGCUGCCGAGCCCGCCGGGCACGCCGCGCCGCCCGAGGAGCAGGUGCACAUCGACACGGAGCUGGAGGCUCCUCACGUGGGCUUCCAGUUCGGCCAGGGGGCUGAGGUGCUGCCCAGGGGCCUGGCCGUGUCCCAGCAGGAGCACGAGUCGCCCCGCUCCUCCGGCAAAUCCAAGGCCUCCAAAGCUGAGGAGCAGUACGGGAGCAUGCCCUCCAUCCUGGGAGUCAUGGGGAGCUGGGCUGAAGAUGACCUGGCCAGGAUGAGGUUCAAGUGCCCGUUCUGCAGCCACGUGGUGAAGAGAAAAGCCGACCUGAAGCGUCACCUCCGCUGUCACACGGGCGAGCGGCCGUACCCCUGCGAGGCGUGUGGGAAGAGGUUCAGCAGGCUGGAUCACCUCAGCAGCCAUUUUCGAACUAUCCACCAGGCGUGCAAGCCCAUCUGCAGGAAGUGCAAGCGGCACGUCACCGAGCUGACGGGGCAGGUGGUGCAGGAGGGCACGCGGCGCUACAGACUGUGCAACGAGUGCCUGGCCGAGGCUGGCAUCGACAGCAUCCGCAUUGACUUGGAGGCUGAGGCUCCCCUGGAGUUCCCACAGGACGGGGACAAGGAUUCCAGGUGGCACUACGGCGGGGAGGACAACAGGUCUGACGUGGAGAUCGUGGAGGAUGGCUCCAGCGACUUGGUCAUUCAGCAAGUGGAUGACAGCGAGGAUGAGGCGGAGGAGAAGGAAGUGAAACCAAACAUUAGGUAGCUGGAAGAGACAAGGAUUGGGAAUUCUGUGGAAGAGGGAGGAUGUGCUGGGAGCAAAUGCCCUCUGCCAGCUGAUCCUACAGACACAUGUGGUUGAACAGGUCCAGACUUGCAUGUAUUUAUGGACACGUCAUUGAGGCCAUGCUGGUUUGUUAGCAGAACCCCCAUGUGUUGUUUGGUUAAAAAGAUCCAUCCUGGAAUUAGGGAUAAACAAGGAAAUGCAGUAGUACAUGGAUAAUUUUUAUAGCAGGCAAUGGGGCAUGUCUCAAAGCCUUUUGCAAGGAGCUCUGAAUACUUUUUAAAAGUUGCAGAUUAUUGUAAAUUACCCAAUUUUUACACUUGGAGAGAGAUGGGGUUUAUAUCACUGGGCCAUAAACAAAGUGUAAAACUCCCCACACCAGACAACCUCUCUUGAGUGUUCAGAAGUGAAGAGAAUCUUCCAUGAAAUUUCAUGAAAUCUUCAUGUUAUGAUAAGGCAAACAACAGCUAAUUAAGAAAGAGCAUUUAAAAUGUUUUGGCACUUUUGUCUGGAAAAGGAUUUCUGUAAAAUUUAUUAGGAUGAGAUGAAUUUUAGUAGAUCAUAUGUUCAAGACUGAUUUCUUUAAAAGAAAAUAAGCACAUAAAUGCUUAACACAUCAGAGACAAACUGAUUAAAAAUUUGGAUCAUUAAUUGAUGGCAGUAAAUGUUUUAGUCUCAAAAUUAGGAUCUCAGACUGGGCUAUUUUAAGAAGCACUAUUAAAAUACUCUUUUUUUAGAUUUUGAAACCUCUCAAAAGUGCCCAGACAUGAUGGGAUUGUUGGGGUGCAGGGCCAGGAGUUGGAUUUGGAUGAUCCUUGUGGGUCCCCUCCAGCUCAGGAUAUUGAAUUCUGUGCAACUUUUCCAGUCUGCACCACUGAGACCAAGAUGUACUGGAAGUUCUAGACACCAUAUUUGUGUCAGUUCACCCACAAUUAGGCUACAGAGAUGACUUAUGAUGAAGAAAUGUUACUUUUUUAGGAAAUGGAGCUUGGUUUUGCUGCUUGGUGAGUUUCUCUUAGCCAGCACUGGCAACAGGAGAGGAGCAGGAGAUGCUCCUGGGGUGCUGCUGCUCUGCAUUCCUUGGACACACCUGAGUGUUGUUCCAACUUUUGGGAUCAUGGGACUCAAUGGCUGUAGACUUAGAAAAUGAUAUCUAUUUUUUUCUUUUUUACAGCUUUGUAAGCAUGUUUGGCUGAAGCCCGGGUUUCUUACUCAACAAUCCCACAUUCAUAUGUAUAUGUAUAUGUACUAUAUAACCUUGCCCAGGGACAGCUAAAAUGUCACUAUUUUCUUUUUAGUUGUGUAAAAAUUGUAUAACUUUCUUGUAUCAUCAUGACCAGAGAGUGCAGAAUUUUCAUUCCAGGCUGCAGGUGACCAACAAAUGACAACUGGAGAACUUCAUGCUAAAUUCAGUGUAAGCAUUAAGCACCCUCCUCUUCAUGGGAAGCAUCCCAAGGACACAAGAAAUGGUGUUUUAUUGUUCCUACAAAAAUUAGAAUUGAUUGGCUUAGGUUUGGGGUGGGGGUAAUUUAAAAAUCUUCAUGAUUACCCAGAUGAAAACAUCUUAAACAAGACUUACACUUGAUUUUAUGGGACAUUUGGUCAGCAGCUCAAAAAUGGACUUGGUGUGAAAACAGACAUUUAAUUUCUUGGAGCUUUUCAACUCCUAAAAUGCCUGUUAUUAAAUGGCUUAGAAAUA